UCGGGGCCGCGCAACCCCAGAAGGCCCGGAGGUGACCCGGCGGGGUCUCGUCCGGGGCAUAGGGCCGCGCUGGCUGUGAGGGGAGCCCGCCUGAGCUCUGCUGCUGCCGCUCAGGGUCUCCCAGCGGGCAAGCAUCGCACGCUGCACACUUCCAUGGCCCAAUCAGUGUUACUCUGACAGCUCAUCAAUGGACUCAGAAGAUAAAGACAGAGAGGAAGAGAGUCUGCAGACAGCUUUCAAAAAGCUAAGAGUAGAUGCAGCAGGAUCUACCGCAUCUCUGUCUGUGGAUGAGGGAACAAGUCUGAGAGCACCGAUAAGAACAGCUAUGGAUGGAACCAAACCUCAACCUGUCUGUGCCAAAGAGACUUGGCAUGGGUGUGUGAGGAAGCCCUCCAGGGGGUCAUCAAGAACCCAGCGUCGCAGGCGUUCCAAGUCUCCUGUCCUGCAUCCUCCCAAGUUUACCUACUGCAGUAUGAAAGCAUCUUCUGCCCGCAGCCAGUUGAAACACAAAAGCCAGCCAGACACUUCAAAGAGUAAUAUCAGCUCAGACAUUUGUGUUGCAGAAGGACCGUGUACAGGGGACAAGUAUGAUUCCUGCUUUGAUGCCAGUGAUUGCAGAAGAGCCAGAAAUGAACCUUUGGGAGCUUCCACAACUGGACAGCCUUUGGAGAAUUCAAGAGAGAAUUCUGCUGCUGUUUCUUCGUCCUUUGAAACCAACCUGGAUUCUAGCCAGCCUUCAGAUUUCCAGUCAUUAUCCGUGCUCAGCGAUAGCAAGCAGUGUCCUUGCGAGGACAAGGAAUGCCAGUGCAGACAGUGGCAAGACAUGGACGUGUACUCUUUUUCUGGUUUACGGAGCGUCCUGUCGGAAUGUGAAAAGGCAAUGCUAGAAGUCCAUUCCCAGUCUCUGCAGAACAAAUCGCCCUCUGGUGUGGCUUCAUCAGGUUCUCCCCGAUCUUGUUCUGAGCAAGCUCGAGCCUUCGUGGACGAUGUGACAAUUGAAGAUCUUUCAGGAUACAUGGAAUAUUACUUAUAUAUUCCCAAGAAAAUGUCCCACAUGGCAGAAAUGAUGUACACUUGACUAUAAGGAAUCCAUGGAGAAUCAUGGGCUGGAAAUUCAGUAGUAAUGAGUGGAUGAAGUGCUCCCUCAGAGCCAGGGGUGGGAAUUUGGCCAUUCUCAUUGCUGUGUAUUUGAUCAAAUGUUUCUUUGCACCAUACAGUGUAGUUUUUUAAUAAAGUGAAAAACAGACAAUAGCCUCU